AGAAUACCAUGAAUAUUUAUAUGCCAUUUUGAUGUACGGAUGACUAAAUUCUAAGAUGUUUAAGUUGUUUUCCAGUACCUUAAAUAUUACUAAAGAUAAAGAAGAUAAAACUAUAAAGUAGAACCAUAAAAACCACAAUGUUUUAGACCUAAGAAAAGUAAAGUUAGCAUAAAACAGUAAACUUUAUUUCCUAUCAUUACAGGCUGUAGCAUGGAAAUGCAAAAUGUGUCCACACAUAGACAAAGCCUUCACGAAGCGAAGCAACGCAUCAAGACAUGUGCUAGAGGUACACAUGCUUCAUAAAUACUGCUGUAGCCACUGUAACACCUUAUUCUCCAGAUUAGACAAUAGACACCGAUGUAUAUAUGAACACAAGGCUAAACUAGAGCUAUUUAACACGGUAACCAAAGAAAAAGGAGAACAGGCAGAGAAUAAAGUACCCAAAGAAACCAUCGAUUUAUGCUUGGAAAAGACCAUCAUACCAAAAUACCGAGAAACCUACCCUACAAACCAAAGAAACGAGUUUCAGAUACCAAUAUACCAAAUCAACAAACCAUCCAUAAAAAGUAUCGUUACCUUACCAAGAACAAAUCCAGACCAACAACGUGAACUACAGAAUGACCCUAAAACUCUAAUAAAUGACCUGGGGUUAACCUUAUCAUCGGACGAGGAAGAUUUAAUGGAAAUCCCAGCCGAUUUUCCAGAAAUCACACUACUAGAAGUGGACAACACCUUAAAGAAUGUAGAAAACAAAAGUAAAGUCCAAAAUGAUACUCAAACCAAAGACAACCAUAAGGAAACUAAGGAAGAAAACAACAUAAAAGAAAUACUUACCGACUAUCAAGCUAAAACUAAACUAAGGGAGAAACAGAAUGAGAACAAUGAAGAAAGAUUAAAUGAAGACAGUCUGAACAAUAAGAAAGAGACACUUAAUCAGGAAAAACAGAGUGAAAAGAAAGAGAGGAGUAACCAGGAAAAUAAGACAGAAAUUGAAAGAACAGAAAGUGAUAAGGAGAAUACGCAGGAAACCAAAAUAAAAGAAAGACAGAGAGCAAAUAAUGAAGAAAUAGUAAGCACUGACUUAGACAAAGAUAACCUUUGUGAGAAGAAAAAGGAAAAGAAAAACAAAGACAAGACAGGUAAAGAUGGAAAUGAAAAUAAAGAAAAACAUAGCAAAUUAAAGGAAAAUAAAGUGGAAACUGAAAUAAAAGAAGGACAUAAGGGAAAUAAGGAAAACAAAAAGCACAAAGAGAAACACAGAGAUAGGAAAAAGGAAAAGGGAAAUAAGAAAGAAAGAGAAAAUAGAGACGGAAUGAAAGACAUAAACACAGGAGACCAAAAAGUAUGUAAAGAAACAGUAAAAAUAAAUGACAAACCGAAAAAUGACAAGUGCAAAGACCAACAGAAAGGGAAGGAGGAAAAGAGGAACACAGGAAAAGAGGAAGUUAAGGAGAAUACGGACACUCGACAAAUAAUAGUUAAAGAAAACAUAGCAGAAAUAAAAAACUAUAGAAUACCUAAAUUACAAAAGCCAGUAACUAAACAGACCAACAACACCUGCUUAAGAGAAGAGAUACUAUAUCCAAACUUGUCCGACAUAAAUCAAAUAAACAUUAGCUCAAUGCGUAAAGUGGUCACAUACGACGAUAUCGACAUGGAUGAAACAGAAAAUGAAUUCACUGACAGCAUUGAUCACGAGUUUGACCCAGAACCAGAGGACAUUCCCACAGAAGAACACGUACAACAAACCAUAAACUAUAUAGAAGAAACUCAAAAGACAUUCAUUAAAUUAAAUAUUGGAGGCGUUACAUUUAAUACAAGCUACAAAACUCUUUCAAAUUCUCCUGAAUCCGUUCUAGCACAUUUGAGAAACAAGAACCUAACAGUUACCGACAACACCAUUUUCAUAGAUAGAAGCGGGAAACAUUUUGAAUACCUCCUAAAUUUUCUUCGCAAUGGCUGUGUUAUACCCCAGAGCUUAUUACCUUCUAAUAUCACCAUCACGGAAGAAAUCCUUAUGGAAUCGAGAUUUUACAAUAUCUGUGAACUGACUAGGAAACUGGAGACACAUCUACGACAUCUCAAGCUGGGCACCAUCAACUAAAUAUAUAAAGACAUUAAAUCAAUUGAACAACAGAAUUCAGAACUUUUCUAAUUACUGUAGAAUUAAUGAUAUUAUUCUUUAGCAGUUUUAGAGUAUAUUUAUGUAACCAAAAAUCUUUUAUUUUCCCAAAACAAAAAACAAAAAAAAAACAUUACUUCCUGUUUUAGACCUACCCACACCUAUUUUGUAAGGGGGGAAGGGACACACUUCCUGAUAAAAGAUUUUUGAAACCUAGAAAAUAAUUUUGAAUUUAUUAAGGUAUUAGGUGAUAAUGUAAGCAUUAUUUUUGCAAUAAUUGUCAGUAUUAUAUAUGGUAAUGCAUUUUGCAAGAUAUAUGUGUAUUGUAAAAUUAUUGAGUACAUACCCGACUUAGACAUUACUUCCCGGAGAUGACUAAUCAUGUUUAUUUGUAUUUAGGAGGCACACUGAAAGAUAGUAAGAUACAUUUUUUUUUUUGAAACUAUGCAAAAUGUAUUAAACAAUAAGGAGUAUUUACACUUAAUAGUAUAAUUAUAGUAACAGGCAUUUUAAAUAUUAACUGAAAGGUAUCCAUGAGUACUAGUAUUUUACUGUAAAGGUUCCGUACGGUCUAAUUGUAUAUUGCACAAUUUUAUAUGUAUAUAAAUCAUUGUCAGCACAUGCGUUAUUUUUGCUAUUACUAAUAGAAUACUAUAAUAUUAUGGGAGACUUGUUUUGGUAACCAGAAGAUGUUACUACUUUAUGGCCUACAUCU